AUGGCAGAAACAAAAGAAGAAGUUAAAGCGCAACCAAAAGUGUAUUAAUACGCAGACUUAAUUGAAUUCGAAAAUAAAUAGGCAUUCAGCUCAAUAGGCAAAAUGCCUAUUUCUACAAAGCAAACCCUACCAUGUUACAGUUUCGGUUCUGCUGAACGAGCCAAUCAAGCAAAGCUUUAUCACAAUAAAGAACUAGCAAGAAUUGAUUUUGCAGGAAAGGGAAGUCCUGGGCCUAUUUAUAAUGUACGAGGAGGAGAUCAGUAUUAUUAUACAAAAGACGCAGAAACAAAGUUUGGAACAGACCCACGUAACACUCUGAAUACAGGAGCCAAAUUUGAUUACUAUCAAAGGAAGGAUGUCGAUUUUGAACCUCAAGAAGCUGAUUUAGUAAGAAAGACCAAGGCUCCAAAUGUCAAAAUUGGGUUGGAAUCAAGAUUUCCCCCUGAGAAAAGACUGAAAGGAACCCCUGGUCCUUAAUACGAUCCAGCCAUUAAACCUGAGGUUCCAACUCCUCCUCAGUUUUCCUUUGGGUAUAGAAGAGACAUCCCAGGAGCAUCGGCAUUGGCUCCGACAUGUUCCACUCCUGUGAUCGUUGGACCAGGAGCGUAUUUACAAAAGGCUCCUGCCAAUACAAGCAAUUUGGAAGAUGCUGCUCAUUGGACUAUUCCAAAAGGUCCUAAGAUUGGCAAGAUCUUUGAAGGCUGGGACAAGAAUCAAACAUACGAUACUAAAUAGAUCGCCGUGGGUGUGUAAGUGAAUUCUAAAAAGAAAUCAUAUCCUGCAUUCAGUGUUGGAAAAUCGACAAGGGAAGCCAAAGUGGGACAUUUUAAAUAGUUGAUGGUCAAGGUUCCUUCAAAGGUGCAUAUUCCUCAUCCUAAAAUUUGAUUAUUAAAAUACAAAUGAGAAAGAUUAUAUAAAACUCUAAAGUUAUUUAUGUAUAUA